CCUGCCUUUUCCAUGCCACACUGCACCUCUCUCUCUCUCUCUCUCUCUCUCUCUCUAUCUCUCUCUCUCUCAAUGUCUAUGGUACAAGCUGGAGUUUGGUGCAGCAGCAUCAGCCUCAAGGGACAUUGAGUUGCAUGGAGGCCCCAUAUGUCUUCCUUAAUGCCUUGAUGCUUGGGCACUCAAGCAAAUGCUAGGUACACACACACACAUCACACAUUCGUAAACCAAACACACAGGGAUCCCAAACUCCGACAGAUAUUCUUCUCUUGGGUGUUCAUUUCCCUCUCAUGAAAAGCUUGUAUUAAACUAUAUGUUAUUUCACCCUCAACCAGUAUCUAGGUUAGCCCCCUCCAAUCUCUCUAGCUCCUUUCAGGAAAAUCUCAAUUACCUUAUCUUGGAUUUUUCGCUUCCUUAAAAAGCUGCCUCCCACAAUGUACCUAUGUCACCAAUGUGGCCUGCACCAUGUCUUUGUAAUGGAGGAUGAGUGUGCACACAAGUCACAUCAACACACCCUCAGCAGAGAGGGUGAGGUGAGCCUACUCAAACCACAGAACCCCUAAAAUGCCACCAUGUUUGUAGGUGUGACUAGCUGUGAAGUCAUGCUUGCAUAAACCCCAAGGAAAUGCAUACAAAAAAAUCACAUCAACUAUACCUUUUUAUUUUCUCAAAGAUACUCUUAAGGUGAAAGGCUGUGGAGAGCUUGGAAGGAUGGGGCCAGGCUGCUAUCAAGAAAGAACACACUCACACACACAUAGUGGAAUGUGUGGUCCUGAAAGCUCCUCUCCCUUAGAGCAUAUAUAUACUAGCUGGGCCUGAUUGUGCCUUUUCUGUAAAGGAGAACAAGAGCCACAUUUUUCCAUGAGCUUGAGGUUCAGCUUUUUUUAGAUGGCAGAUCUUUAAGGUUUUCUGGGCUUCUCUUUGGUUCAUCAAGCAAUCAAAAGCAGAGCAGCUGUAGCAGGACAUCAAGAAGUUCUAGACAAUGAAGUACAUGAAGCUUGGGUCAAAGCCUGACACAUUCUACACCGAACAAGCCGUCAGGGUUUACUUAUGGCUUGGCAGGUCAGUAGUGUCAGACAUACCUGCUGAUCUUAUCAUACAUGUCAACAAUACAAAGUAUCAACUGCACAAGUUCCCCCUGCUGCUCAAGUGCGGCCUCCUGCAGCGCCUCUGCUCCGACACGGAGGCCGACGAGCAGCUACCGGUGCCGGUGGCGCUCCACGACAUCCCGGGCGGCGAGGAGGCCUUCGAGAUCUGCGCCAAGUUCUGCUACGGCAUCGCCAUCAGCAUCAGCGCCAGCAACUUCGUACCGGCGACGCUGGCGGCGCGGUUCCUCCGGAUGACGGAGCACGUCGCCAAGGGCAACCUCGUCUCCAAGCUCGACACCUUCUUCGAGUCCUGCGUCCUCCACGGCUGGAGGGACUCCAUUGCCGCGCUGCAGGCGGCGUGGCGGAUCUCCGGCUGGUCCGAGAGCCGCAUCGUCCAGCCAUGCGUCGACUCCAUUGUCGAGAAGAUCCUCCUCCCGCCCUCCCAGGUCGCGUGGUCGUACACGUACACGAGGCCGGGCUACGCCAAGAGGCCCCACCAGUCGGUGCCCAAGGACUGGUGGACGGAGGACAUCUCCGAGCUGGACAUCGAGGUGUUCCGCUCGGUCGUCUCCACCGUGCGCGCCACGCGCAUGCUCCCGUCGCCGCUCAUCGGCGAGGCCCUGCACGUCUACGCCUGCAAGCACCUCCCGGACCCGCUCUACACCGGCGGAACCGCCAACGGGCACGCGUCUCAGAGUCAGAGCUCCUCCUUCACGGCGGCGGCGGCGGCGGCUGAGGAGGCGCUCGCCAAGCAGAGGCGCGUGCUGGAGACCGUCGUCACCAUGAUCCCCGGCGACGCGGGGUCGGUCACGGGACGGUUCCUCCUCCGGCUGCUGCGUGUGGCGAACUACGUCGGCGCGUCGUCGUCGACGCGCGCGCAGCUGAUCCGGCAGGCCGGGUCCCAGCUCGACGAGGCCAAGGCGGUGGACCUGCUCAUCCCGCUGCCGUCGGAACCGCAGGCGUACGACGUCGGCGCGGCGGAGGCCGUGCUGGAGCACUUCUUGGCGCAGUUCCAGCGGCCGGCGGCUCCCGACGAGCGCCGGAGGAUGAGCGUCGCCAUGGAGAAGGUGGUCAGAAUCUUCGACGAAUACCUUAAGACGAUCGCCCUCGACAGUGAGUUUCCCAUCGGCAAGUUCAUCGACCUGGCCGAGUGCCUGCCCGGCAUCGCCCGGAGCGACCACGACGGCCUCUACCGCGCCGUCGACACCUACCUCAAGGAACACCCGGACCUGAGCAAGGCGGACAGGAAGCGGCUGUGCCGGUUGAUCGACUGCCGGAAGCUAUCGCCGGACGUGCGGGCUCAGGCGGUAUCCAAUGAUCGGAUGCCGUUGCGGACCAUCGUGCAGCUUCUAUUCGUUGAGCAGGAGAGAACAACCGGCGCGGGCGGCAGCCAUAGCGUCGCGCCACCGGACCGGGCCUCAGUCGAUGCCGUCUCCAGGCUCACGGCAACAGGCAGAGAGGACGAAGCGGCGGCCAUGGACCACAGGUCGGAUGUGCACCGGCCGCGGCGGGGCGGCCAUGAAGAGCGCGCCCAGGGCGAGGCGGCUGCAAUGACCAGGUCGCUAUCGGCGGCGAGGAAGGGCAGGACGGCGGAAGAGAGGGGGAGCAGGCUGAGGAACAAGUGAAGCGUAGUAACUUGCAAGGAGCUUAGAAUUGAUGGCCAUGGAUGAACUCCCGAGGAGCGUGCAUGGCCAACUUCUUGCUUCCGAUCCCUUCCCAAUUUGUUGGCAUGCAUACCUGUGGUUCUUGAUCAUUUUUCUUACUCGUAUUGGUUUCAGUGCAUCCCAUUUUUUGGUGGGAGAUGUGGGGUGGGCGUCAUGGUUGAGAGAGGGGUACAUUUUUGUAAUUAAAUUAAUGGAUGGAGGAAUAAUAAUCAAGUGGCUAUAAUCAUA